AUGGCGGUCGGAACUCGCUCAAGCACAACCAGCCCGGUCAAGAAACAUGCGAAAGAGACAUGUGCGACCAAGUCCGAGUCCAAGUCCAAUGCGCAGAGAGAGCCUCUGAGACCUUUCAUCCUUCCGAGAGAUACGUGUGAUCGAUCGCGAUUCCUACUGCUGCGACAUCCUCGAGAUUGCACUCUCCAAAGAUUUCUAUUCUGCCCUGAAACCGGGUUGUUUCAGUUUACCAAAGUCCAAACACCGUCGACAGAUCCUCGAAGUCUUUUGUUUGCGAGAGCCGAUCCAGAUGGAGAGAAGGACAGCCCGGAGACACUGGGAAAGGACAGCGAAACCGAACAGGCCUUGAGCAGAGGAUAUAUAAGCAAAAGCGCGGAGAUAUUUGUAGCAACCCCGUUCGACCUAGCCUUUAUCCUUCUCCCUCUUGUGCUGCCCGCGAAGGCGCCCUCGGGCAAAAUGCUCUUCCAACCCAUCGAUGACAUUUUGGAGCAACACAUCCAGGAAGAUAAGCAUUUGCGCUAUAUUUACGACCACGGACGAACUAUGCUAGAGGACGCCAUGUCAAGGUUCUGUGAUACAAUCGAGGCCGGGGAUGAACAGAUGUACAGGCCCAGUGAAGACAAGGCUUUACGGAUGGUGAUGCAGAAAGUCGACAAUGCCAUGAGAGGAGGUCUACCGGCCAGUCUGGAAGAGAAGUUUGUGACCAGAGCCUUGGAGGCGCCUGUGCUGAGUGUCAAGCGAGAAGAGACCAGCAUUUCCACCAUUUCCACCAACUCCGCGCAAGCCACAUCAGACGACAAUGAAUCGCAAUCCGAAGGCCUCGAUUCACAGUCUACUUCAGCCAGUUCCGCACCGUCCAUGGUGUUUUCGGACGUUUCCACCGCCAGCUCAGCCAGCACUGUUGUCCCCGACACCUCCAUCCCACAAGAGCUGUGCGAUCUACAGAAGCGCCGGACCGUUGUUGACUUUAUAUUAGCCUCAUAUUUGCCCGCUUCGCUAGCUGAUCGUCUGCGCGGCCGGCUGGGCGAGAAAGACUCCCCCGUCGACUUUUCGCCUUUAGAGAAACAUCUCCAAUCUCUGGCUGCGAUGAGAGCAGAAGUAUUGGCGUCACGGUCAAUUGGUGAUUUCAGCAGAAAGCGAGGCCUGGAAGACGAUGAAGUCGCCGAGUCGAGGGCCGAGAAGAAGCGGAGACAGGAGGAGGAGGACAAGAAGAAGAAGCUGGGUGAAUCGCGAGGAGUGCGGGACCUGAAGAAGGUGAAUGUGUCGGGCAUGAAGAAGAUGAGCGACUUCUUUGCCAAGAAGCCGGUUGCUAAGGCCAAAGGAUGA